AUGAGCCGCAAGCGCGAGUGCGAGUGGAGCGAGACCCCGCGGCUACCUGCGUACGAGAGCGACACAUCCACAUCCACGGAUGCGCCUGACAGCAGCUCGGAGGGAGGAGAGGCCAUCGAGAACGACAUGAAGCGGCUGCGCGUCGCCUACAACUACGACGGUGCUCACGGCGUGCGAUGGGCGGGUGAGGCCACCGCCAUGGACACGGAAAUGGAGGUGCCGCGAGCCCGAGCGGUGCGCAACGACUACGCGGAAGCCAACGCAAUGCUACGCGAAUUCCACUACCUGCGGCAACUGCGCAAGUUCCAAGCGGAGCGCGGCCGCGCGCGUGCCAGCUACUUGGAGCGGCAUGAGGAGGACGUCACGAUGGCACAGGAACCGCGGGUAUAG